CGCACCGCGCCGCUCUCUCGCUCUCCGCUGCGCCAGUCCGCCUCACUGACUCGCAGAACCAGUUGGUUUGGCCCAGCUUCUUCUUUCCUGCCUUCUCACUGUGUGUGUGUGUGUCUCUCUCUCUGUGUGUGUGUGCUGCUGCUGCUGUUGUUGUUGCCUGGUGUCAACCUACGCCGAGGAGAGAAGAAGACAUAUCCCUCCCUCUCUUCUGUUAGAGGGCCGCUUCCAAUUUGCCUUCACUUUCCUCCUCGCCGGCACCAUUGGCUUCCGUGCCGUGCCAGUCAACUCGCCUCCUUUCCCAGCCCGAGUUGAGCAGCAACAGCUCGGAAACAUCUGGCCGCCGCAGAGUGCUAGACUCCCCGUCCCCCUCCGCCUGCUCGCCUCGGCAGCCUGUUAUGGAAAUUAGUCCAAAGUCAAUCUAGUUUUGUCUUCGGAAGGAAAAAAAGAAGGAUUUGACGGAGGAAGCGGGGAAGACGCUGGACCGUGUUGUCUAGAGAGCGAGCGAGGAAGAGAAAGAGCAAGGAAAGAAAGAGAGAGAGAGAGUGAGAGAGACAUACACAGCCAUUCCCAGCCAGAGAGCCCAGCUAUUCUGCUACAGUGGAGUUAAUCAAGUUGAUGCAUACUGCUGCAGGUUAUGAGGACGGCAGGAUGGAGUUCCCAGACCACAGCAGACAUUUACUCCAGUGUCUGAGCGAGCAGCGGCACCAGGGCUUCCUGUGUGACUCCACGGUGCUGGUGGGCGAUGCCCAGUUCCGGGCCCACCGUGCUGUGCUGGCCUCCUGCAGCAUGUACUUUCACCUCUUCUACAAGGACCAGCUGGACAAGAGAGACGUGGUGCACCUCAACAGCGACAUUGUCACAGCCCCGGCCUUUUCGCUGCUCCUGGAGUUCAUGUAUGAGGGCAAGCUGCAGUUCCAGGACCUUCCCGUAGAGGAUGUGCUGGCAGCGGCCAGCUACUUGCACAUGUAUGACAUUGUCAAGGUGUGUAAGAAACGUUUGAAGCAGAAGGCCACGACAGAGGCAGACAGCACGCGCAGAGAAGAAGAUGGCGGGUCCAGCUGCUCCGAUAAGGCUGAUAGUUUAUCAGAUGGUUCUACAGGCCGGCCUGCUACUGCCGACCUGCUGCACAGUGAUGAAGAGGAGGAGGUGAAGGCCGAGGGAGGACCGCUGUGGCUGAGGCUGCCGUCAGCAGACAGAUCAGGGACCCCAGCCAUGGCUACAACCAGCCCAGGGCGCGGCGAGGUGGAGAUGCAGGGUGGGGAAGGGCUUGGGGAGGGAGGGAAACUGCUCUCCCCGGCUGGCAGCCCCACCAGCUCCACUGGAUCCCUCUCACAGAGGUCCCACCGCUCCGUGAGUUCUCGCGGAGGGCACAGGGGCAGGAGGGUGUCAAAUGAUGCGGCUGACUGCGUCCUGGAUCUGUCAGUCAAGCCGAUUGCCGGUAGCAACCACAGUAACCACCAUCAGUCCUACUUUAGCGGGGCAGCUACACCAGACAGCCUCCAAAGCCCAUUGGCUGUGAGGGUGAAGGUGGAGAGGGGCGUGGCUUCAGACGAGGAAGAGGAACUGGGAGGAGGGGACUACGACAUGGAGCACAGCGGCAUCACCAAGGCAACGGUUCCCAGCGCCAACGGGGGCCUGACCCACCACAGUGUCGGAGGGCCUCUGUCGGCCCAGCGGCGGCUCGGCCUGGAAGCGCACCUGUCCGCUCUGCGAGAGGCCUCUCUGGCCUCAGAGCUGGAGCGGGACGAGAAGCCUUCGGCCACAGCAGAUGACGAGGACAUACUAGGGGGUGAAAAUGAGCGCGCCCAGGCAGAGGCGGCCAGCAUGGAUAGUUCCCUGCUACCCUACGUCUCUAACAUGCUGUCAGCUCAACACACCCAGAUCUUCAUGUGCCCGCUGUGUAACAAGGUUUUCCCCUCCCCGCACAUCCUCCAACUUCACCUCAGCUCCCACUUCAGGGAGCAGGAGGGCAUCCGCUCCAAGCCCGCUGGAGACGUCAACGUGCCCACCUGCACCAUCUGCAGCAAGACCUUCUCCUGCAUGUACACGCUGAAGCGCCAUGAGCGGACACACUCCGGUGAGAAACCCUACACCUGCACCACCUGCGGCAAGAGCUUCCAAUACUCACACAACCUCAGCCGCCACGCAGUGGUGCACACGCGUGAGAAGCCGCACGCUUGCAAGUGGUGCGAAAGGCGCUUCACGCAGUCCGGGGACCUCUACCGACACAUUCGCAAGUUCCAUUGCGAACUGGUCAACUCGCUGUCAGUGAAGAGCGAACCGCUGGCACUGCCCAAUGUCAGGGACUGGGCGAUUGAGGACAGUUCCCAGGAACUGUGGAAGUAGAAACAGACUGCUGGGUUUGAUAAAGGGAAAGAGAGCGGAGAGUGAAAGAAGGGCAGAAAGGCAUGGGGAGGUGAAAGGGAGGUGGCAAAGUUUGAUAUUCGGGGUUCAAGUGAGUCAUGUUCUUGUGUGUCGCAAAAUCUCAUUCAAUUGCACUUUAAUAGCACAUGAAAAUGUUACUACUGAGUUUUUUUGUUGUUGCUGUUUGGGGUAAUUUUAUUUUAUUCUGAACUCUAUUUUUUUUUGGCAUAAGUUCUGUUCGGUGGUUUUAUUGCGUCUGAGGACAUGGGUCCCAGUGAGAAUGUCUCGCCUUUUUGAAGAGUUUUCACUCUGUUUCAUCUCAGACACAACACUCCGACGCUGGCCAGCGUAUCGGUCCCAGUUCCACAGACAGCAAAACACCACUGCAGGAGUUCAGGUCGAACACACUGAAGUGAAAAAGCAUUACAAUACACUAAACGGGUACUGUGAUCACCACAAGUCGAUACCACUACACACACACACUGUUUGAAGAAGUGUGUUUUUGUGUGUGUGUGUGUGUGUGUGUGAGUGAUACUGCACUACUCUGGCAAAAAUUUCACCUGACGUGCGUGAGUGUGUAUGAGUGUGUUUUGUGUGUUUUCAUUUUAUUUUCUACUGGCAUGGAGGUGUCGUUGGCGAAGCGCUCCCCGCUUCUCUUGUUAAGCUCUUUGGUGUUGUGUGUUCAGGGUAAAGCUGACUGACUGACAGACAAACUGAUGGCACUCAUGCAAUGCACAGCCUCCUUUUUUCACUUCCAAUCAAUUUGAAGUAUUUUCUAAAAAUGAAAAGACCUUUACAAAUUAUUAUAAUAAUUAUUAUUAUUGUUAUUAAUAGAUUUCUUUUCUUAAAUGUAGCUGGCAGUCUUUAAAACAUCUCUUGUUGAAAAGCUAUUUAAUUUAAGGUUGUUGUAUAUUGUUCUGCUAUAGUUUUAGAACUUUAAUCCGUUUUUUUUUUUUUUUUUAAAUUAAUGAUUAUUAUUAUUAUUAUUAUUAUUAUUUUGUUACUUUUUUGUAAUGGGACCUGCUGUUGUUGCAUGACGUCCAAACCUGUAUAUUUUAAAAUAAAAAUGUGAAUUUGCUGUAUUACUGUACACAUUGUAAUUGAUCAAAUAUUUGACAAUGGGCUUUCCUUUUCUUUUCUUUGUGAAUACUACUCCAGGGUGCGGUCUGUUGAAAAACUGAAUAUUAUUCUCACGACUACGGAAAAAAUGCAUGAAAAUUUGAUUUUGUCUUAAACCUUUAAGUUGUGGUUUUUGCCUCGGGGGAAAUGUUUGAACAUAACAUUUUUGACAGUGAAAAGUUGGAUUUUUUUUUACUCGUCGUAGGUCUGUCGCUGGGCUCCUAGAAGAAUGUUACCGAAUGUGUUUCCUUUGGAUGUUGAAGCGAUACAAUGAAGCAUUUUAAGCCUGUGUCUAUAUGCACUGAUCUCUCUGCUGUGUGUGUGUGCGUGUCGUGUGUGUGCGUGCGUGUGUGUGUGUGUGUGUGUGUGUGUGUGUGUGUGUGUGUUUAUGAGUGUGUGGCUUGGUUAUUACCAGUCAAUUUAACCUACUGAAGAUCUACAUCCACCCAGCACUUCCUGCUCCUGCUCCUCCUCAGGCGUUAAAUUUCUCCACUGCUGUAUGUUUGUUUCCCAUCUCUCACGUCUCCGUCCUCUCCAGCUCUAGACGUGGUCGGGCCAUUUCUUAAUUAUUUCUGCUCGUUGACGACCUUUUUCAGGUCUGUCGAGUGCAGUUAUGUGGCUCUGACUUGGCUAAAGUGUGAAGAAUAAUGGGGAGAGAUAAGAAAAAGAAGGAGAGAGGCUGAAACUGAGUUGUCCUGCUGAAAGUUGAAGGGUCAGAUAUCUUUGUCACACUGUUGCGUCAUGUUGAGCCGAGCCGAGCCGAGCUGAGCUGAGCGGGGCCGUGCUGAUUCAGCACAGUAACUCACCUCAACUCGGUGCAUUUCACGUUAGACGCUGGGGCGAGAAUGUGAUAAGAUGUCUGUAUGUGCGUGUGUGUUUUCCUCUUAAAACACAAUCCUCACUUUGAGAUAGAUGGGAGAUGAAUUGGCAUGCCUGAAUGCACCUUUUUAAGCUAAAAGACAUGAAAUCAGAUUUUUUGCUGAAAAGAUGCCUUUAUUAAAAACAUUUCUGACGCUAUGGAAGUAUUUGAUACUGUAGAGCAUUGGGAAAUAGUUGUUUAAAAUCAUGUAUAAAUUCAUGGAAUUUAUUGAAUUUAUCAGAAAAUGAUGUUUUAUUAUAUUUUGAUCAUGUGAUUGGAAAACUUUUUUUGUAUGUGAAUGUUGUGUUUGGGUUGGGGCUACAUCAGUUUAAUAUUUUUUUUUUCUUUUUCAAAACCUCUGUAUCUCUGUAUAAUUUCAAAAUAUUGGUCAAGCGUUUAUACAAUCUGAAAACAUUUGACAUAGAGAUACUGAAAAGUAAAAGCUCCACAUUUCCCCUCACUCCAAGAUAUUUGUGUGUGUGUGUAUAUGUGUGCACACCCCCAUUGAUGUGCAUGUGGUGGGUGGGGUGGUUGUAUGUGCCGCCCUGUCAUCUGGUGGCACCUACAGGCUUUGCCAAUGCAACAGUGUGGGUGACAUUGCGGCAGUUUGCACUGCAUCGUCUCAUUUUUUUUUUUUUCUCUUCUCUUCGAAACGUUAUUUCUUCACUGGCAGCGUGUCUGCAUAUGUGCUCACUCCAUCCUGCUGUUGUUUUCAUCAUUACUGCUGUUUUUUUUUUUUUUGUUCUGUUCUGUUCCUCUGGUUGUACUUGACCGCCUUAAACUGCUGUAGUCCGGCUGUUUUUUAAAAAAUUUUAUUUAAUUUUUGAAGUGUGAGUGUGGGGUGGAGUUGUGGGAGCGAUGUCAGCUGCUCAAGACGCUGUGAAGUAAACCACCCUGACGAGACAUCUCCAUCUUUUUUUUUUUUUUUUUUUUUUUUUGCUGUGCUUACUUGAAAACAAGAGGGGGGAGAUAUAAAAAUGAAAUGUUAAAAUGUCAUAGACAGUUUAUGGAAAGGCAGACGGGUGGGAGGAGGGUGGAGGGUUGGGGGGGGGUUGAAAUGAGUCUGUUUCGAAAAAGGACAAUCACUGUCUGGGGAAAAAAACAAGCAGAUUUUGAUUCAAAUAUAUUUGCUCCCUCUUGAGAUUAAAAAUGUUUUCUUUGCUUUUCUUUUAUGUUUCUUUUUCAGAUUUAGUCAUUUUUAGCUUUGACAAUCAUAGUUGGGUUGAUUUUUUUUUUUUCUCUCAAGGGGAGUAAAUUCUAAUUGUGUUUAGUUUUGUAAUUUUUUGGUGUGCUGUUGUUGACAUUUUUAAAUUGUGUGCAAACUGCAAUAAAUUAUAAGAAUCUUGAAAUUCAA